CGUACUCCCCCACCCGCAACCAAUCAAUUCUCAAUGAGCUGUGGAAUUCAACUGCGAAACGGCGACAACGACGUGUAUUUGUAAUUGUAUAUCCAAAGAAAAUGAGUAACAUUAUAACUAUUUUCGAACUUUCGUGAAAAACGCUUCAAAUCACAUAUUAACUACAAAACGCCUUAAAUGAAAUAGUUUUUCGUGUUUUUGGUAAAAAUUCACUAUACACAAAAUUAAUGCUGAAAUAUGGCUAGAAAUCGUGCAAGAACACCAACGACAUUCACAUACUGUGUGCUAGUGGUGCUGUUGAUAACAUUGUCCAGCAUUUUCACGGUUACGAUAAGAGCGGAAGAACAAAACCCACAGCCGCAGCAACAACAAUCGAAUGCUGCCAUUUCCCCCAACGGCAAUGAUGUUCCCUUGGCAAGUCAUAACAAAAUUUCAUCAAAUGCUACUUCAACGGCAGGAGAUUCUACACAACAAUCUAAUAACAACGGUGGCAAUACGCAAAAUAGUUCAUCACCAGCAGGAAACGCCGAACAAUCUAAAUCCAAUCUAACAAAUGACGCAAAUAAACCAAACAACAAUUCUGUGUCAACAAAUGAAAAUGGUGGUCCACCAAAUGGCGAGAAUGCAUCAUCAUCGAGUUCAACCACCACAUCCAUAUCUCCACCACCAGCAAAUAACUCACAGCAGCAGAAUGAAACAAAAGUGGUUACAGAACCUCCACUGCCAGAUCAUCAUGCCGUGGAACAGGAGCACAAUUCAUCGCUGUCGCUGUUCUUUGUAAUAUGUGUCAUAAUGUUGGGUAUUUUACUCAUCCACUCAAUGCUACAGACCGGAUUCCAAUAUUUACCCGAAUCCAUUGUUGUGGUAUUUUUGGGUGCCCUAAUUGGUUUGCUGUUGAAAGUAAUGUCCGGUGAAAAUGCCAGCUGGAAACGUGAGGAGGUAUUCUCACCAACGGGAUUCUUUUUGGUCCUAUUACCACCGAUCAUCUUUGAGUCUGGUUACAAUUUACAUAAGGGUAACUUUUUUCAAAAUAUUGGCUCAAUUCUGGUUUUCGCCAUUGUCGGUACGACAAUUUCGGCUCUAGUUAUUGGAGCUGGUAUUUAUUUGUUGGGCUUGGCGGAGGUUGCUUAUCGCCUCAACUUCUCCGAAUCAUUUGCCUUUGGAUCGCUGAUAUCCGCCGUUGAUCCUGUUGCAACAGUUGCCAUAUUUCAUGCCUUGGAUGUUGAUCCCAUACUUAACAUGUUGGUAUUUGGUGAGAGCAUUCUGAACGAUGCCAUUUCGAUUGUAUUGACCACAACGGUAACACAAUCAGCAAAUAGUCCACUCUAUGCCAAGAUGACAACAGGGGAGGCUAUUUUCUCCGCCCUAAAGACAUUCUGCGAAAUGUUCUUCGCUUCGGCUGGUAUUGGUGUAAUAUUUGCUUUAAUAUCUGCUCUAUUAUUGAAACACAUCGAUUUGCGAAAACAUCCAUCAUUGGAAUUUGCCAUUAUGUUAAUGUUUACUUAUGCUCCAUAUGUUUUGGCCGAGGGUAUACAUUUGAGUGGUAUCAUGGCGAUAUUAUUCUGUGGUAUUGUCAUGUCACACUAUACACAUUUUAAUUUAUCCACAAUAACGCAGAUCACAAUGCAACAGACCAUGCGUACCUUGGCCUUUAUAGCUGAAACAUGUGUCUUUGCCUAUUUAGGAUUGGCCAUAUUCUCGUUCAAACAUCAAGUGGAGUUGUCAUUUGUAAUAUGGGCCAUAGUUUUAUGUUUAAUUGGUAGGGCGUGUAAUAUAUUCCCUCUGGCCUAUUUGGUCAACAAAUUCCGUGAACAUAAAAUCACAAAUAAAAUGCAAUUUAUCAUGUGGUUUUCGGGUCUUAGAGGUGCCAUUUCUUAUGCCUUGUCAUUGCAUUUAGAUUUGUCUAGCGAUGAGACUAGACAUGUCAUAAUUACCACAACAUUAAUUAUUGUGUUGUUUACCACUUUGGUAUUUGGUGGUUCAACAAUGCCUUUGCUAAAAUAUUUGAAACCAGGCAAGAAACGUCGUUCGCGUUCCACACGUGGUUCGGCAUCUUCGGCAUCAACACGUUUGCGUAGCACAUCUCGUAAACGUUCCAAAUCCAUAUCGCUGUCGAAAACUCGCGAAUGGGGUCAAGCCAUUGAUUCGGAACAUUUAUCCGAGCUAACCGAAGAGGAAGAUGUGUCAUUUGCCCAGACACGUAUAGCAGGUUUUGGUCGUCUAGAUCGUAAAUACUUUAUACCAUUCUUUACACGUCGAUUUAAUAGUCAAGAAUUACACGAAUGCAAGUCACAAAUGGCCGAUUUGACUAAUAAAUGGUAUCAGGCAAUACGGGUUAGUCCCUUGGACUCGGAUGAAUCAGAUGAAGAAAUGGGUCUAUCGGCCAGCACUAGUCAAAGUACUUUAAAUGCAAGAACUUAAUGGGUAAGGUGGGUGUCGCUAAAGUAAUGGCAAUGGGAAAUAUAGCAACAAUUGUGAUCAUCAUCUGGGUAGGAAGAAUAAAAUUGUUAUCUUGGUAUACGAUAGAAAUUGUUGGAGGUUUUUGCUCAACAUAGAGAUUUUUUUUCAUUUUUUAGUCACAAUUUGUUUUCAAUAAUUGCACAAUUUUUUUGUAACAUUUUACCAGCUUUUAUUUUAUGUUAACUCAUAUAUUUGCACUUUGUACUAAUUUAAAGGUGUCGUUUUUUCAAGUUUCAAAUCUCUAGCAGUAACAUUUUUAUGCACACAUUCAAUUUUGGGUUAUUUUAACAUUUAACUUACAAAUAUUUUGGAUUUACAUUCAUAUUCCUAUCUCAAACUCAUCAUCUACACAAUUUCUUUGAUUUCCAAAUUAUUGUGUGGUUGCUAAAUGUUGUCUUAGCGUGCACAAAUCAAAAGGUUUUCAAGCAAAUAGAGGAUUUUUACAAAAUGAAAACUCCAAGUCUUAAAUCAGUGACAACCAAAAAUGCCCCUCCUUGUUAUGAUAGGUUUUGGGAUAAGCCAGACCAACAGUCCACUGUCCAUUCAGCAAAGUGGUAUGUAAGUUAAGGAAGAUUAUUUUAAUUGUAGAAUUAGAACAAGGAUAUUCUAUGAGUCAUUUCCCAUAAAUGUUUGUAAAACGGAAAAGUUCGAAGGCUUGAUUAGGACGAUAUAGGAAUAAGAUUUGAUUUUCUAAAAUGAUGUGUCUUAUCUUUUUGAACACUGGAUAGCCUUAAUUUCCUCGUCAUGUUCACAGCAUACCAUAUUACUUUUCUGCCACAUACUAGCCACUUACUUUACAAGCCAUGGGGAAAUGUAAGAUAUGCUAAAUAUUGAAGAUUGAUGAUGUGAAAUCUAAUGCCAAAUCAUUAUUUUAUUAAAAAUGAGGGUCAGUUACACUGUUGUGUAGAUGUAGGUGACAGAUUGAACCCUUAAUUCACCUAGCAGCCACCGGCUGAUUCGAUUCAUCGGAUACCCUUGAGAUGCUUAAUGCAAGCCACAGAUUGCAAUUGCGGAGAGGGAGAAUUAUAUGGCUUUUGAAAUCUAGAAACCAAUACAACUCAGUGAGUCGUACAAUUUCCCCAAUAGACUUUGGUCACAGAAUCUUUGAUUACGAGACCGAUUAACUGCCAAAACGUGGGCACUCUCAUUUUCCUUUGAGAUUCAGCUAAUCCAAAAGAUAAUCAUAAUAGUAUCCUUUGGAGUUGGUAGAAAAUCGUUUCCUUGACUCAUGCCUUUCUACCAAUGUCCAGUGUUUCAAAAUGCUAUCUUAUCUAGUGGCCAAAGUGUUUAGGAUCACAAAAAUAUUCUCUAUUUUUUGGAUGAAGUCUUUUCUAUUGUCUCUUUUAAGGACGUUUCGAUCAUUCCUUGGGCGCGUAUAUCAAAUGGACUAUAGGAAGGUUUAAAGGGGAGGGCCGUCACUGAAAAUUUUUUUUUUAUUAUUUCUUUUUGACUUUUCGUUAAUACCAUUGAAAUUUCAAAUUAUGGCUCUUCAUGUUAUGACGUCUGGUUUAGAAAGUAGAAGGUAGAAUAAGGAGGUAGAACAGCUUUGUAAAACUACAGAAAUACAGCCCUGAGGCUAUGCCCGCUUCCUGUCAGAAUUAUUCAAAAUAAUAUCCAACAACUUGUUUUCAUUUAUUUCAUAUUUUUUGUUCAUGUUCUCUCAAAAAUAUGAUCCUAAGUGUUCAAUAUUUCAAUUCCGUGAUUUAAGUUUCUUCCAAUCAUUGAUUUUGAAAACAUUUUGUUUUUAUUUUUCAAAACAAUAAAUUCAUACACAAAAUUGGCAGAAAAAAGCUUGGUCAUGGUUAGGCAUAUUUUGUGACAUUUCAUAAAGGGAUUACUGACCCGCACUUAGAUCCUGCCGUCGUUUUUCAUUAUAAUUUGGCAUUGAUAUACCUAGCCAUCUUCAAUCUCUUUAUGUACUUGCACCUUUAGAACAAAAUUGUAUUCAGCUUGGAGCUCUACCUUACCUUUUUAUUGUACCACGGAAUUACCCAGGCUAGUUAUUUGUCAGAUUUUAGCUGGAUAAAAUGGCAGCAUUAGUAGUUUUCUAGUAUUUUCUUCCCGAUCUAUGUCUAAUCAAGGCUUUCCAUGGCUGAUAGUCUAUUCCAUAAGAUAACACCCAUGAAAUUCUAUUAGCAACAUAUAAUACAAAAAAUAUUUUUAAUUAGCAUUUGUAUUAAAAUUGUAUCACAAUUCCAACGAAAUCGAAAAAUACACAAAAAUCGAUUUAAAAAAAUUCUUUUAAAGAUAUUUUUAAUUUUUUAAAAUUAAGUUCCUUUAAAUAAAAUAGCUCAAAUUAUAUUUAUUUAAAUAUUCUAUAUAACAUAAAUAUUAUUUAUAUAUAUUUUCCGAAACUAAUUGCCAAUGUAUUGCAAAAACAGAUGUACCUUGAAAAAAUACAUUCACAAUUAACUACAUUAAUUACAUGACCAUAUAACAAUAACUCGCAUAUAAUUAUAUAUUUUUUUUUUGCAUACAACAGUAUUUAAAACAUCAUCGGAGUAAUGUUAUUCAUAUUUUUAUAAAUUAUUUUAAAUGUGUAUUGUUUUUUUCCGAAAGGUAGAUCCUUACAUUGUCAAAAACAGCCAUUUGAAAAUGUUAAGGAAUCCUAAUUAAUAUUAGAAAACCUAUUUAAUAAUAGAAAGAAAUUUUCAAUAUUAAAUUUCUUAUUUGUGAUCUACUUAUUUUCUUUGUGAAAGAAUGCAAUUUAUUUUUUUGUUAGCAAACCAAAUGAAAACAAUGUAAUUUAUAUUUUUAAUGUUGUAAAAUAAUAAGAAUGGUAAAAUGUAAAAAAAUAAAUAAACUAAUGAA